AUGAACUGUUGCUGGAGCAGAAGAGAAGCUGGUCUUAGAUGCAUUUUGGGGAUGACUGUAACCUUUGGAUCUUUUCAAGUCUUUGUUUCUGCCUUUUUGCUUCAGCAUAGUUCUCAGUUUCUAAAAGCAUUCUCUGAUGUCAGUGUUUGUAGCAUAGAAAGAUCCCAAUUAUUUGGCUUCAACACACAGUCAAGAGAGUCCUGCCAACUCUCAUUAAAUCCUUCAGUCUUAUCUUUCAGUCAAUAUAUUGAGCAUCCUCUGGAUGCUAUUCAUGUUAUAGAUUUUAAUCAUCUUGAUUAG